CUUACCUCAUUUUCCGUUGUUACAUAAAAUCCCCAUGAUGUGCCUCUUUCUCCUGCCUAUCGCUACCAUUAACAAGAUGGAUGCUCUUCUCCGAAGGUUCUUCUGGUCAGGCUCCCUAAACAAAAAAUCUAUCCACUGGAUUAAGGGGCAGUUUCUUUGUGACGCCAAGGAGGAGGAUGACCUCAGCUUACGCUCAUUUAGAGAGUUCAACCUGGCCCUCCUGGCAAAACAAUCAUGGAGACUUCUCACGAACCCAAACUCUCUGUGGGGUAGACUUCUUAAAAGGAUGUACUUCCCAAGAACGAACUUCCUUUCCGCUAAAAAAGGAUCUCGUCCAUCUUGGAUAUGGGCAAGCUUAUGGGAAGCAAGAAAUUUGAUGCGGAAAGGGACAAUCAGAUUUAUUGGGAAUGGUCAGAGCGCUAGAGCAUUCAACGACCCGUGGAUUCUUGGGAUGAAUGGGGAGGCCAUCUCGACAGGGACAAAUGACAACACUUUGGUGGCUGAUUUGAUCAAUGGCCAGAGCCGUUCAUGGAACUCCCACAUCUUCCCGCCAUUGGUUGAUUCUGUUUUUUCUCAACGGAUUGAAAGCAUCCCAAUUGGCACGGAGGAAGCAAAGGACUUCUUGGCCUAGGGUCCUCACCAAAAUGGCACUUUUACGGUUAGCUCUGGCUACCACUUCUUCUACGAGCAGAAAAGGAAUGACAAGGACUGAGCCCCCGCUUUCUCAGAUGGAAAGGGAUUGUUGGAAAUGGCUAUGGAGCCUCUCACUCCCUCCGAAGAUGAAAAUUUUUAUCUGGAAUGUUCACGUGGAGCUAUUGCAACAAAAGGUAAGCUUUACUCAAGGAAAUGCUCCCCAUCUCCGAUGUUCCCGCUCUGCACCGUACACACUGAAACCAUCAAUUACUGCAUCUUCCAAUGCCAUCAUGCACAACAAUCGUGGAUGACAAUGCUCCCUUCUUUGCCUACUCCUCCGAAGAGUGUCUCGGUUUUGGAGUGGCUGUCCAGCCUUCUUCCAAGCACUCAUGUCCAUUCCAUCAAGAUGAUCAUCUUCCUUACAUGGCAUAUUUGGAAGGCAAGAAAUGAGAAGAUUUUCA